CCUGAGCAAUAGAUAUCAUCUAUCCCUCGUAGCUCUUCUCCUCAGGUAUCAGGUUGAAGGAGACAUUGGAUAUAGGGGCAGUCCAUGCCUUCUUUGCCUUUCCACGUACACCUCUAACUGCUACUAGCACACUCCUCAUUAUAUCCAUGCUCAGGCGUGUCCUGAUGUUACACAUCACCUGGCUGUAUAUACAAGGAUACAGAUUAUAUGAAAUUAGCAAGAAUAGUGAGGUCAUGAUUAAACCAGAGAGUUUUAGACUGAUUGCUUUUACAAAUUUCCUGCAGAUGUGCUCUGUACGAUUUUUGGGAAGGGACAACAGUCAACACUAUGUUGUGCUCUCAUGUGUUGUGACACAGUACACAUCUAAGCUCUCUAUACCUCUUCUGAUGGGAAAUUUGCCUAGAGGAUGAGAUGAUUAACCUAACCAUCAAGAGUUUACAUAAUUUCAUAGUGUGACGAAGUAAACAACAUCGUACCUUUUUAAAAAUGUAAUAGGGUUACUAAUAUUUACCAAUAUCCUCAAAUUGAAAUGAAUGGGCCCAUAUACCUGUUUGAGACUCAUAUUGUAACUAUUUUUUGUUGUUGUUUUAUUUCUCGAAAGAGACUUUAUCUUUCCCUAAAUUAUUUCCAAAUAUUUAGGUUCAUGGGUACAUCGGGCUCAAAAUUUCGAAGAGCCCUUUUGUCUGCUGAUGAAGAAACUGCAUUGAAGUACUACACUGAUAAAGUCUUGCGUAAACAUGUUAAUGUUAAUGAUUGGUUGUUUUAUGGGCGGAACAGCCCAAUUCAUUUAGCUGCUGGCUUUGCCAUGUCAACAUUAUUGAAGAGAUUUAUAGAGAAUGGAGGAAAUCCAAACACAAAAAACUCUAGGCAAGAGAAUAUUUUUCAUGCAUGUGUAAAACCUGUAGUUGGGUUAAGCAAACGACAGAAAUUGAAAGUAAUAAAAAUCGAAGAGGACGAAGAUCAGGCCAGAGAAGCAUGUCUAAAUGUUAUCUUUGAUAUGGCUGCUAGGGGUGAACACCUGGCUGGAAUGCUGCCUCUUCAAAUCAACGAGCUUGAUCAGCAUCUCAACACUCCCCUGCACUACGCUGCUGGUCACGGGUAUCUGAGGUGUGUCAAAGUGCUAGUUGAACACGGUGCUAAGUUGUUCAUUGAGAACAAGGAUAGUAAGACUGCGUGUGAUCUCAGCGAGGAUGGACAGUUCACUGAAAUUGCGUCUUAUCUCGAGGGGAAAAUGGUUUUCUCGAAGGACGAGGAACAUGCGAACGCAGUAAACGACGACUUCGACUUUGCUAAAGCUGAGUUGUACAGCGGUAUGAGGUGCCAGGACGUACAGAUGCAGAAAGAUCAGCUAAUUGUUGAGACGGCAGACAUGUUGAAAAUACCUCUGUUCACUGCUGAGGCUCUCCUUAAAGUUCAUGACUGGAACCGUAAGAAGCUGCUGGAUGAGUGGAUGCACGAUAAAGCUAAGACUUGUGACAGGGCUGGAGUUGCUGUGCCACACGACGAUUCUACCUCAGUGGACAGUGUUACAGUAGCAGUGCAGUCCAGCAGCAGUAGACGUCCUGAGUCUGUUCAGGAGAACGAGGAAUGUGAGAUUUGUUUCUCUGACUUUACACCUGACCGGAGACUCAUCAUAUCAUGCAGGCACGUGAUAUGUGUACAAUGUUGGUCGGACUACCUAACCAUGAAGAUAACAGAGAACCCUUCAAACAGUCUUGAGUGUCCAGGACACGACUGCUCCAUACUCGUCCCUACUGAGUUGGUGGAAGCAAUUGUUUCAAAAGAUGUGGCUCAGAGAUAUCUGGAGUUUGGAAUACAAGCGUUCGUGGACACCCAUCCUGAUAUGAAAUGGUGCCCAUUUCCAGGAUGCGGUAGAGCGGUAAAACUCCCAGAUGAUAACAACAUGAUCUUCAACUACAACGGCUUCAUCAUGAAGACGAAGCGAACCAAACCUGCGCCUCGUGCGGUAGAUUGCGGUAGCGGACAUUUCUUUUGCUGGAACUGUCUGGACGAAGCUCAUGAACCAUGUGAUUGUGACUUGUGGGAAACGUGGCAGAGAGAGAUUGGACACAUGAAACCUGAACCCAAAGAGGCAGAAUUGGAAACCAGGAGCUUUGGUUCAUAUAUGGAGCUGGCGGAACACCGAGCAAACACAGUUGCAAACAGCCUCUGGUUGAUAACCUACAGCAAGCCCUGCCCCAAGUGCAAGUCGCCGAUAGAAAAGACAGAGGGAUGUAAUCACAUGAAGUGUUGGAAGUGCAAAUAUGAGUUCUGUUGGGUUUGUAUGGAAGCGUGGAAGAUACAUAGUUCGGAGACUGGUGGCUAUUUCAGGUGUAAUCGGUACCAGGCGGUAGAUAAGUUCAACAACAGUCUAGCAGAGGUGAAAAGAGGAAUAAUAGAGGAACACCGUAAAGCGAGCAAGUUUCAGAGGUUCAUGCAUUACUACACGCGCUAUCACAACCACGAGAUGAGCCACAGGUUAGAAGAACCACUACUAAGUACAGCUAAAAUGAAGAUGAUAGCGAUGGCAGCAGUAGCAGAAGGAGACCCAGGUGCUUUGGACACCAGCUUUAUAGAGGACAGUGUUAAGGAGCUUCUCAAGGCGAGACGAGUGCUGCGGGCCAGUUAUCCCUAUGGUUAUUAUCUUCAGGAUGGUAUGCAUAGGAAGAUGCUGUUUGAAGCAAUGCAGAAUGAGUUAGAGGAGGUAACCGAGCAGCUAAGUCAGAUGGUAGCUCGAGUCUAUCUCAGAACUCCCAAAGCUAAGAUUAUUGAAACCGCUCUCCUUCUUCAACAGAACCGACUUAAGUUUGUGGACGCCGUCGCUAACGGCCUUAUUCCAUCACCUUCUAUUGUCAGAGACAAAAUGAAAACAAAGAAACCGCCCGCCCGUAAAAAACCAAGAGACCCUUUCUUCGACGACGACUCAGACCAAGAUACGGAGGACGCUUUGAUACGACUUGCUAUCGCAGAAUCAUUGUUAGAAAAUGCCAACAAAAUCACCGAUCAAGAGGCUGUAGCGUUCUCACCGUACGCGCGGUGUGUUCGUUACGGGUGUCCACUUCCGCGCGCCAAGGACGCGGAGGGAACGAACGGACUCUACUGUUCAGAGUAUUGUCAACAGAUGGACUCCAGUUCUAACAGCAACAAGGACAACACAAACCAACCUGCUAGACAUGAGGAUACAGAAACAGGAAACAAUAGUUCUUGGCCCGCAGCAUUUGACAUGUAUAGGCCGGGUUAUGAGAAUACCAGUUUGUCCGAUUCAGAUCCGGCCUAGUUUCCAGCUGCUCCAGCAACAGAAAGAGAAAGUAUGGCACUGGCCCUGCAGCUGAACCACGAGGAGAACGCAUUGCUAACAAAACCAGACACUAAAUCACUCGAUUCCCAAACAACCCAAUCCUUGACAGACAGUCAGGUUUUUGAUUCCAUCAGCGCUGGCAAGAACUCCCUCAUUUCGGAUAAGACCUCCAAAUGUAAUCUGUUUUUAGGAGAUUCCCCUAUACCCACCCGGGGUAGAUCUGACUCUCCGAGGGGAGUUAUCGCACCGCGGGUAGCUCACAAGAAAGAUUCCAUCUCCUCCCUCAGAGCGGACAACAUAUCAAACUUGUCGUACAGCGUGUGGGAGAGAGGGUCUAUAGGUACCAACGAACUGGAGCUGGCCUCGUUGAGCGACGUGAGUUCCCUUUGUAACCUGAUUUGUAUGGAAACUGGCAGGAGCGGUGUGAUGUCCCGGUCCCACUCACCAGCUGGAGUGAGAUCCAACUCACCCGCUCCAGCUCGGUCUCGGUCCCCUGUCUCCAGAUCCAGAGAACCCAGCAACAGAAGUGAACGUGAGAAGAAACAGGAGAAAAAGAAUUCUUGUCCCGUGAGUUUGCGAGUGUUCGCACUGUUGUUAGACAAUGUAAAUGUUCAGAGAAAGUAUCUGACAAUGAGAUCCAGUUCUCUCCCAAACUUGGACUCCAGAUGAUAUUUUAACCAAGUUUUUAUUCUUUUAACUGAGCCCAACAGAAUGAUAUGAUUUGCAAGAGUAAGACAGAUGGUGCUGAUACUUGAUAUUUUGUUGUCACCGUGCCAAAUUAUUUAUUAUCAUAGCGAAACUCUUUGUGCUUGUAAGAAGCUAUUUUAUUAGCGUUUGAAGUCUGAAGACGUUUUAAGUUUAACGCGUCCAUUUACGGGAGUAACAUGAGAUAUAGAUGAAUCAUUUAUCAUAUACCAUGGGGUUGAAGCGAUGAAUUAUACACAAUUGGUCGUUUUCUUGUAAGAUAGUAGAAAUAGUUCUGGUCCAUUUAAAUUUUUUGUAAAUUUGAUAUGAAUCUUGCGAUACAGAUUGAUUCUUGAUAUCAAAUGAUUGAGGACGGUAAAUUCAUAAUGAAUGGAUUUGAGUCACACUCACAGUAUUUUACUUUUUAAAAGUUUAUUUAAUUUAUAACAUAGAUAGUAUGCUAUCCCUGCUUUGAAACGAUAUACGUGCUUCAUAUUUCAAUUUGAUUUGACAAAAAAUAUGGAUUUUUUCCUACUUCACAAUAUUUAUAUUUCUGUCAGAACGGUUCCUUCUUCAGAUUUAUCAAUUUUAUACAUGUUGACUGUUGAGUCAUCACUCCGCUUUGUUGACUAUCUGCUAACAGAAGUGACCGGCUGAAAGAAGCGAACAUUUAACAUUUUUAUAGCUUUCGACUCUAUUUAAUUCUCAUUCAUUGAUGACGAUGUGAACAAGAAAAUGCCGUGAUUUACCUUCCAUUUUGGUGCCUUAAAAUUGGCCAUAGAGGUCAGUUUUCCUUCAGCUUCAGGUCAAGUUCUUAUUCCCUAACGUUCCAUAGAAUUAUACGAAGUUUUUGUAUGAAAUGUUUUCGUUCUAUUAUGGACAUCGAGAAAGAUUUUACCCCAUAAUUGUAAUAAUACGGAAUGAGCAAGGAAAAUUAGUUCUACUGGCAUUCUUUAAGGAAUCUUAAAUUAUGAGUAAAGAGAUCAAACUUCUGCACAGUUAUUAUAUCCAAAGAUAUGCUUACUGCACAGAUUUUUCCUACGAGGACAAACAAUUCGACAAAAAUAUUUUAGAGAGUAUGAGACAUAGAUUGCCAUCAUAUGAUUGACUUAAAAUUUAAUUUUGCAAAAUAGAGUGAAUUUUGUCACUGUUUUACGUGGUACUGGUAGAUUGGAAUUUUCUGAUUACCUACCUUGAUGUGUUAGAUUGAAAUUAUGUUAUUUGUUUUUACUUGUGAUAAAUGAUAAAGUAUUUAA